AUGGUGCUGCUUACGAUCACACCCGCAACCAAGGACGCGCUCCAAGCGUACCAAGCUCUAGGCCACCGUGAGGACGAUUCUGACUCUCUUAAGUUUCCCGUGGAUGGAGAUGUUGGGCAGCCGAUUUCCCAUGGAGACGUUGUCUUUCUGUCGCAGUCGCUCCUUAAAUACUACUCUGCUACGGCACCCGACGGAGAUGAAGUCGAACGCAAACGACAUGCGUCCCUAUACACUUUGAACCAGCUACUACGAGGGGCGCGGAUCUAUGAGGAACCCCCAAAGCCCAAGCCGCAGCCCUCCUCAGAGUAUGUCAAACUCAUGGCGCGACUCCGCCGCGAGCAAGAAGCGAAAGACUACGAACGGAUGACCUUCCACCCAUCCGACCCGUUUACCAAGCCGCAGUUCCUCGGGACAACCCCCCGCCCUACCGACUCCUUCAGCGUAGGAAACCAAUGGGUAUCCGAACCCGACGACGUCACCUACGCCGACGUCAACCGCCAACUAGCGCUCAUCUUCAACGUCCUCAUCUCCAUCGUCGCAUGUGGCGCUGCCAUCUGGGUCGCCGCGAGGCACAUGGACGUGCCCGCGCGGUUGGCGUUGAGCAUGGUUGGAGCGAUCGUGGUCGCUGUUGCGGAGGUGGUGAUCUACUCCGGGUAUAUUCGACGGAUCCAGGAGAGUAAGGCCAGCGAGGCAAAGACGAAGGAGGCAAAGGAGAUCUAUGAAACUUGGGUCACAGAGCCGAAGAAGGAGGCGGAGAAGCUCAUACGGCCGAAGGAGAAGGCAGGAGACUUGAGACAGCGGAAAUUGACCUCUAUGUGA